CAAUUUUCUGAGUAUCACUCGAUCUACCUUCACCAUCAUGUUCACUAAGACCGUCCUCGCUCUCGCCCUUGUGGCCGUAACUUUGGCUGUUCCUUCACAGCCUUCCUACGGAUAUACUCCUCCUGCAACCUACGACGCUCCUGCCAAGUAUGACUUCAAUUAUGCCGUGAAGGACGACUACUCCGGAAACGACUUCGGUCACCAGGAAGCUCGCGACGGUUACGAUACUCAGGGUUCUUACUACGUUCUCCUUCCCGACGGUCGUCUACAGAAGGUCGCCUACACUGUCAACGGCGACUCUGGCUACGUGGCUGAGGUCAGCUACGAGGGUGAAGCUCAGUACCCCGAGUACAAGCCUGCUCCUGCCUACAAGCCCGCUCCUGCUUACAAGCCCGCCCCUGCUUACAAGCCCGCCCCUGCUUACAAGCCCGCCCCUGCUUACAAGCCCGCCCCUGCUUACAAGCCUGCUCCUGCCUAUUGUAAAAAAAUGACCGGCACGAUUUUACCUCAUCAAACGAAUUUUGUCCAAAUCACCCUCAAUCACACCUCAACUCAAGAACUUACCUUCACCCAUACCAAGGUUAAGCUCUCCAUCAUGUUCACUAAGGCCGUCAUCGCUCUCGCCCUUGUAGCCGUCACUCUGGCUGCUCCUUCACAGCCUUCCUAUGGAUAUGCUCCUCCGGCAACCUAUGAUGCUCCCGCUAAGUACGACUUCAACUAUGCCGUGAAGGACGACUACUCCGGCAACGACUUUGGUCACCAAGAGGCCCGUGACGGAUACGACACCCAGGGAUCCUACUACGUCCUCCUUCCCGACGGUCGUCUGCAGAAGGUCGCAUACACUGUCAACGGCGACUCUGGCUACGUGGCUGAGGUCAGCUAUGAGGGUGAAGCCCAGUACCCCGAGUACAAGCCUGCUCCUGCCUACAAGCCUGCUCCUGCCUACAAGCCUGCUCUGCCUACAAGCCCGCCCCCGCUUACAAGCCAGCCCCUGCCUACAAGCCUGAACCUACAUACGCCUAAGUUAAUUAUUUACAAGGAAUAUUUAUUAAACGAAGCCUAUCAAGAGUCGUUUCUAUAUUUUAUCCUUCAGAAUAGGAAGUUGAAGAACUGCCUGUUUUCAUCAACUAUAUCCAAUAAGCCAAAGCUAUUCAGUAAAUUCAUUGGCUCUGUGAUAAACCGCCUUCGCUCUCGCACUUGUGUGCUCCUUCUUACGAUUACUCUCCGGCAUCCUAUGAUGAUGAUUACUCUGGAAACGACUUCGACCAUCAGUAAGCCCGCGACGAAUACAGCACUCAGGGUUCCUACUUCGUCCUCCUUCCGUCGUCUACAGAGAGUCACCUACACAGCCAACGGCGACUCUGGCUACAUGGCUGAAGUCAGCUACGAGGGUGAAGCGCAGUAUCCCGAUUGGAAAUAUGCCCAUGCUUCUCAAGUAUCACAAUUACUCUUAUCAAUUUUGGAUCUAGCAGUAUUCAGCGGAUCAGAAUCGCUCCAUUCAGGCAAUGCAAUUUAA